AUGGAAGAGUAUUCGGCGGCUUUGGAAAAUGAGGUGAGCCAACGGACAGUUGAGUUGCGGGAGGAACAAAUGAAGACAGAAAUGCUUAUUGCUAAGAUGCUGCCCAGUUCCGUGGCACGGGCUCUCGUUGCGGGAAUAGAAGUUGCGCCGGAGACCUACGACGACACAACAAUCUACUUUAGUGACAUUGUGGGCUUCAGCCUUAUUUCGGCAAAUUCCAAGCCUCUAGAGAUUGUCAAUCUGCUGAAUAUGCUAUACAGUGCCUUUGACGCGUGCAUUGAAACCUUCGAUGUGUAUAAGGUGGAAACCAUCGGUGAUGCCUACAUGGUGGUCUCCGGACUGCCAAUUCCCAACGGUAAAAGUCAUGCGGGCGAGAUUGCAACCAUGGCCUUGGAACUUCUCAGUGUCAGCAGUUCCGUUGUCGUCCAACACAUGUCCAAUAUUCCAAUACUGCUGCGGAUAGGCAUGCAUUCUGGUUAG